CAUACUUCUAGGUACCCAGUGAAAUAGAUCAAUUUUCAGGGAUGUCUGAAAUUAGCCAUUUACCCAUUAAUGCAGAAACAUGUCUAGCACUCAACAGAACAUAUCAAGAACUCAUUCUUGAAUCAUUGAAAAAAAUUGAAUUGGCACUGAAUGAAAACAGGGAAAAACAGAGAGUAUUAGAAGAAGGACUGGAAGUGAAAUCUGCUGGGGGCUCCAAAAGUACAGAAAAACAAGGAAAUAAAAGGAAAUGUUCCACCAUGUUUUGUAAACCAUAUUUUAAAGACAAGGAUCAGAAGGUGCCCCCUCCUAAUACAGAUGUUCAGAUGAAAAAAAUGACACAAGAACACAAACAAGAUAUAACACCACCUCUGCCAUGGAGUGUUGGUCAAAGGUGUAAACUGCAGGAAGCGGUGAAGGAGGAAGCCCUGAAACAAAAGCUUGUCCCCAUCAUGAACAGAAAAGAAGUUUAUGUUGAAAAAGUCAAGAAUCUGGAAUCCGAGCUGGUGAAAAUAAACAUAGAUAAGUCAGAGGUGGAAGCUGAAGGGGAAGAUGGGUCCAAUUUGAUUGAACUGAAUGAACUACAUGAGAGAGGACAGAAAAUGGAACAAGAGCUUGCAGAAUGGCAGGAGAAGAUAGAGCAGCUAGACAAAGACAUGGAGAAAGAUAAGAAGACAUCAGAAAUUGAGCUGCUGUUCAGUGUUGAUAGUGAGAAGGUGGACUGGCUAAUGAUUGCCAACUUCAUUUUUGGUGGUAAGCGAGAGGAGAAGGAGUGUGAGAUCAUGUGGAACAAUGUACUGCACCCCUCCAUUAACAAGGAGAAAUGGUCCACCCAGGAGACCAAACAUCUCCAGGAACUGGCCAAUAAAUACAGUAUGAGGAACUGGCCUGCCAUCGCACAGGAACUAGGGACAGGAAGAACUCCCUUUCAAUGUCUGCAGUUCUACCAGCACAGUCUCAAUGAUGCCUACCACAACAGGCCCUGGUCAGAGGAGGAAGAUGAAAUGUUAAAGGAAGUCGUGGACAGUGUCAGGGUUGGAAACAAAAUCUCUUUUGCUCAAGUGUCCUACUUCAUGGAUGGGAGGAGUCAGAAUCAGUGCUUAGCCAGGUGGAACCAGAUUAACCCAAAUACGAAAAGAGGACGAUGGACUCUUCAAGAGGACUGUUUGCUGAUGACUGCGGUUCAGAUGCAUGGUGCUAAGAACUGGCGACUGGUACAGGAGUAUGUGCCAGGCCGUACAGCCCUGCAGUGUAGAGACAGAUAUAAUCACUGUCUGAAUCCCGCCAUCACCUCUCCCGAGCCCUGGACGUACGAGGAGGACAAGAGGCUACUGAAACAUGUCUACACCAUGAUGGAUACAGAAAAUGCUGUGAAAUGGACAAAGUUGGCAUUGGAGUUCCCAGGUCGUACGGACAAUCAGCUACUCGGCCGAUACAAAAGAUUACAGACCUGGGAGAUGAAGACUUCAUGGUUGGCUGAACAGUCGAAACAGCAAAGAAGAGAUUUGGGUGUUAUGGAAGGAGAGGAGCUUCAGAAGGAAAUAAUUAAAAAAGAGCCAAGCAUAUGUUUUCAGGAGACAGAGCAGUUAUUCCCUGACGUUGUUAAAGAGGACUAUCUGAAACAAAUGGAGGACAGAAAGAGAGGUGAUAUAGUGGUCCCCAGACCUCCUGUGAUGACUAAAAACAACACCCGGUGCUUUAAAGCAGUCUGGGAACGGAAGAAGCAGUUACAUAGCCUGGUCAGCCAGCACCUACAGAACCUUAACUCAGCAGUGCCACAUAACAGCACUGCCAUUAAGGAAUUCAAUUCUCUUGGUGCUCUGAAUAAAGACCAACAGAAGGCUGUACAGAACAUGAUGUCGAACCAACCCAAUCAGAUUACUGUCAGGGACAUGCUUAACCUGACCAGGAAAAUAGCAAGGGCAGAAAACUGUCGAGAGGCCCGGACCAAGAGAUGGGAACAGGACAUUCUGUAUGAUGAGCAAGUAAAAGACGUCCUGAUCUGGAAGUGCUUCCAUUCCCUCAUGGUGGAGAAAAGAAUUGGACGUCCAAGGAAAUUCUACUUGUUCAGUCCUUCAGGUAGAAAGCCCCAUGUUGCUGAAGAUGAAGAGGAUGAAAAUGUCGAAAAAAUCACAGAUAUCACACUGACUCUGUUAAUGAAUGCUUUAGAUCUUGAUUACAAAAAAGCUUUGAUGAAGAGCAAGCAUAUGGACAUAAAUGAUCCCACAGUGAAGGAAGACAUUGCUUUCUUGAGAAGAGUCACUCCCAGCAUAUUACCAUCUAAUCCAGCUGAGAAACGAUUCACUAGUCCCAAUAUUCAGAAUGUGUCUGCUUCACCAGCACCAACUCGUACUGGACCGGCCAGGACCACAGUUCUGUCUACAGGAAGAUCAUCAGCUUCUGAAAGUCAGAAUAAUCCAUCAACAUCCACAGCGCAGAGUUCACAAAGUCAAAACAAUCCUUCCACAUCCUCAGACAAGAAUUCACAAAAUCAGAACACUUCAUCAACAGAACAAAUUUCGCAAAGUCAAAAGACUCUGUCACCAUCCACAGUGCAGAAAUCACAAAGUCAGAACACUCCUUCAUCCACAGGAAAGAAUUCAGCAGGUGGACAAAACAAGGGGCCAGACUUGGAUCGGAAUACGCAGUCUAGUGGAACUCGUCAAGGUAAUGUUAUAUGUCAACAGGAUAAAACUACAUGUAUGUCAGUUAACACACGGAAGAGGAAGGCAGGAGGAGGUGAAGAGGAACAGGUUAAACAAAAGAAAUCCAAAGAAACUUCAUCUCUGUCAAACAAAAACAAGGACUCUGCUGAAUAUACAGUUAAUACCAGUAACAAAACCACUGUAAAUGGUACCACUAAAUCACAGGCAGGUAGAAAUUCUGUUACAACUGGAGGGGCACAAACAGUACCAAACAUAAAUCAGGCCACAACAGCACAGAGACCUACAACAGCAUCCCAGCCCUCUGCUAUUCCAUCUGGGACUAGAGUCAUUAAACUUCCUCCAGGUGUCAAGCUCAAACCAGGUGACAAAAUACAAGACAUUCUAGCAGCUCAUAAAGCGUCUAUGUCUCCAACAUCUCAAUCCCAGCAAUCGCCUCCAGGACAAAGUGUCCAAGGCUCCCAGAAUCCACCGCAGACUCAGACCACUGCUGGGAGGGAAGCCACUAGUAGGGGAGGGGGGUCUCAGGCUCAGAAACAGAGUGUGGUGGUGAUCAGGCCUCCUAGUGGAAUACAGGACCCCAACAGGGUCAAGAUCCUGCCCCCCGGGACUGUCACAACCUCUGCCUUCAAAAGCCUGCUACUACACAGAAAAUAUCUGAUGAAAAAAGCAGAUGAAGUAUACAGCAGACCGUUUUACAAAGUUCGAGGUGAAGAGCUCCAAAAGAGAAUAAUCAUGGAACUGGCCAAACAGUCUGGAGUAAAAGUGGAGGAGAAUGUCACCGAGAGUGCACAUAGAGCGGGAACAUUGACUGAAACAAUACAUGCUGCUGACAAUUCUAUAGUCAGUGACGUGACAGUCAACAUACUGAAAAAACGUAACAAAACUAAUGUUCAUAAGGAUGCUCUGGCAAAAGUGAGAAGAAGCAAGGAGUAUAAGAUGUUACAGAAGAGAUUCGAAGCUCUGUUUGCCUGGCCUGCCCUAUUAUCCACCAUUUGUCCAGAUAAUGUAGAAAAUCCUGCCAAAAGUAUGCCGACUAGUGUACAAAACACUAAGAAGAAAAAUGUCUAUCCAAAGGUCAUAACAAAAAAGGGUACACCAUACACUGUUGUUGACAAAAGUGAGUUGAAUAAAAAAGACCAACCGGUCUGGAGGAAAAAGGCCAGGAAGCCUUCUUAUCCUUGUGUGAAAAGUAAACAUACCUGGAGGAGAGUUGUUAUGGACAGAGAACUGAAGAAAAUAAAGAGAGAAGCCAGGAUGAAAAAGCUGCGGGAAACAUUGGAAAAGAAGCGAAGGGGAGAGUUUCAACCAAAGAAAAAGGAAAAGAGAACUGUCACCACCACAAGUACACGCAAGAGUCAACGAAUGGUAGUGAAAAGAAGUUUGCCAUAUUCAUCAGAGACGCAAGAGGCCUCUGCCCCCAAAAAGCUGAAACGGGUUGUGAGGAAGAAAAACCAAGGAAACAAAGCGCAAAACUCAGAUGGUAAAAACUUCCAGCUACUAGGGGAUGCUGUUGUACCAGUGGCUUUGAUCAGCAACAUCUCAUCCUCCAUUGCAAAUGGCAGCAUUGCCGGCGGUAACGGGGAAAACACUGUGUCAGUAUCUCACCCCUUCCCAGUCGUUCAAUCAAUAAAUAGCAUUGGUGGACAGAUAUCUUCAACAGUGGGUGGUGAAUCUACCCUUGCAGUGAGUAAUGGACCUACAACAUUGCCCCUACAAGAAGGAACCCUGCCUUUAGUGGCUAUAACUGACAUGCAUAUCCAGACUCUACCCUCCACAAGUGGAGAGGGGGAACCCCCAGUUGUUUUUGCCUUUUUGCCAUCUGCUCUGGGUGAUGGUCAGUUAGAACAAAUACAAGUUACAGAAAGUAUGGAGAUACCGGGAACAUCCUCCUCUGACAAUGUGAUGCAGGUUUUCCCUGUCAGCGAUCAGGAACAGAUAAAAGACAUUCAGUAGUGUCUGUAUACAACUACCAACUAAUGAAGCAUAUCAUUUUUAGUUGUAAUGCUCCAAUGAUUUGAAAAAUUUUUAGAUUAGAAAAAUCACGGAUGACUGACAUACUCAGGUAGUCUCACAAUGAGACAAUUUAAGCUCACCUGCUUAAGGCUGAAGGCUCAAGUGAGCUUUUCUGAUCACAUUUUGUCCAUCAUCCAUUUGUCUGUUUGUAAACUUAUCACAUUUUCCACUUCUUCCCGAGAACCACUAAACCAAUUUUAAUCAAGGGGAGAUAAUCAAGAAAAAAAACAAAAAUAGGGUGGGGUCAUUAUAAAAUCUCCUCAAGAACCACUGGCCAGAAAAGCUGAAAUUUAUGUGGAAGCAUCCUAGGGGUAGUGUAGAUUCUAAAUUGUUCAAACCAUGACCGCUGGGGGUAGGGCUGAGUUUUACAUUGAAUUAUAUAAGAAAAAUCUUUAAAAAACUUUUUCUCAUGAACCAGUGGGCCAGAGAAGCUGAAACUUAAGUGGAAGCAUCCUGGGGUAGCGUAGAUUCUAAAUUGUCCAAAUCAAGACCCCUGGGGGUAGGGUGGGGUCACAAUAGGUAUAACAAGGGGAUGGCAUCUGUUGAGGAGCAAUAGCCAAAUUUAGUCAGGUGAGCAAUGUGACCCAUGGGCCUCUUGUUUGAUUCAUCUUCUUUAUUAAGUGUCAUUUUUUUUGAUUCAGUAUAAACUUUUCUUCAUGCCUGUUAUGUUAUUUAUUAAAAACUAUAUUGUACACUACAUAUCUUAUCCCACAGCUCAAGCGUUAUAUGGAAGAAAGACAUUCUUCCCUAUCAUUGUGUAAGACUCUGGAACUCAUCAGACUAAUUAGUUUGACCUGUUUAGCAGCAUGUAGUUUGUGAGAAAUGAUAUUUGUGUUAAGUACCGUAUACAUUGGCAUAUUAUGUUUACAUGUUUACUUUUGUCAAUUCAGCCAGUUAUGUUUGGUUUUGAAAUAAAAAAUUGUUACAG